AUGAGUUAUUUUAUAUUUAUUUAUUUAGCUUUCCAAUUUAACACUAUUUAAAAAAUUACCAACACAUUAAAAUUUGAAUAUUAGAUUAAAUUAAAUGAGUAGCUCAUUUAGAUUAAAAAAAAAAACAGAUAUUACCAAUUUCAUUUAAAAAAAAAACAAAAGUAAAAUAGAAAAGGAAUAAUUUAUUUAUUGAGAUGGUUUAAAAUAUUCAUUAGUAUUCCAAAUUUAAGUGGGCAAUAUAAUGAAUAACCAAAAUAGAAAUCUAUUAUUAUAAGUUAAAAAUUGUAUUUAAUACAGACAAAUACAAAUUUUAAUGUCAAAAUUUAUUGUUCAGGUAUGAUAUAAUAACAAAAUUUAAUAAUCUGGGCAAAAUUAAUCAGAAGAUGA